AUGUGGGAGACUGGAGGUUUGCCAAGAAAAGGUAAAAACGUCAAUAUUAACUUCUCAAGUGACAUAUCAGUCUCACACGGAAAUAAACUUGACAAUAAUAAUAGACAAAAAUAGAACCGGUAAUCCAUUUGUUGUUGGAACUUGGGCGCCUAAGCUGUUUUUGCUCUUUCAAGUUGAGAGAAAUAAGUUCUCUUAUUUCUUUUAAGAAAUGAAUUUGUAAAGUUGAAGAUGAAACUAAAUAAAACAAUCAAAUUUAUAAAACAUGUUAUUGUGUGUUCCAAAUUUUGAUAUUUCAGUUUUUGUAAGCUUUGUGAUAUACUUUGUGAGCAUGAAUGGCCGAUAGAUGAUGGUAAAAGUGCUGGAAAAUGUGGCCACGAUCCCCUUCGUGAUGAAGAGAGGGAAAAGCCAUGGUUGGAAAAGAACAGCAAGGCACAUAAGGCGCUACAAAAGAUUGUGUUAAGCAAGAGAUUCCUGAAUACAUUUCCAUAUUUUACUAAUUUCAGGUAAGGGAAGAUUUAUUUUUUAUUACUCAAUCAAUAUUGUUACUUGACAAAUGACAGGUACUGGUAAUGGUAAUUAGCGACUAAUACUGUUAUUAAAAUGGUGACACUGACAGUAUACAAUCUUCGACAACAUGGUACAUAACUAUAAAUUUCAUGAAUAUCACCGAUAUUAUUUUUUAUAUUUGAAGGCACACAGGUUUCCUCGAGUCGUUCCACAAUCACUUGUUGAUGUAUUGCCCAAAACGACAUUCAUACUCGUAAGUAGUAUAAUUGUUCAUUAGCCGGCAUAAACAUUAUUUUAUAUAAAACAUUUGAAUAUGCCAACCCACCCACCACCAACAUGCAGUAUAAUUAUGGACUAGCACCUUUUAGUGGGUUACAUUUUAAUGUGUUACAGUACUUAAGAAGAGAGAGUACUGUACCAGGUAUCACAUUGGCAGACAGUUUCAUUAACUUAUGUGUUGUCCUGCGUUGUUUUACUUUCUAAUGCCAGAUGAUUUUAUUUGUGUAAAGUCUGAAUGAAAUGUUCAAUUUUUAUUUUACUUCUUAGGUAUGUUGGAUACAAGUUAAGGAAUCAACUGGCUGUCAUCGACUUCAAUAGCCAUAGGAAUCGACAGCCUUGUAAAAAUGCUGCUGGAGAAAUUGUGUAUGUAACUAAAUUUUUUUUUUGGGGGGGGGAGGGUUUCGCAUAGAUUACAGUAUAGAAUUGUAUUUGCUAUAAUACUAUACAUGUAGCUGCAUUAUCAGAAUACAUUUGAGAAAAUGGGCAAACUUGCCAAAAAAUUAUGUAUACUAACCGGUUACAAGAUUUAGGUUGAAUCUUGUAUGUAUACAACAUAAAGUAGCAAACUGUGCUAACAAUGUGUUGAAUGUUCUUCAAAUGCGUAUAAUUAUAUUUUAUUAUAAUUUUAUUUUGAGUUUCUAUUUUUAAUGUCAGGCACCGUGGCCAGUACAGCAAGCAUACAAAACAGUGGCGACCAGUUACUGUCCUUCAACCAAAGGAUUAUGGUUAUAUCCCGACGCUUAUUGUGAAGAUCUUUGAAGAGCAAUUGAAAACUGGAAAUGUUAACAGAAAAAUUGUGAGAGGUGCAGAUGACCCAAGGAACAUAGCUGCAAACAUUGCAGUAAUGCCAAGACCAAGUAUUGAACAUCUGGUACAAGUACAUAAGUCCAGAUUCUAA